AUUCCCACCGAAAAGAUUUUUAUAACAAGACGCUAUCUGCAGUGGAUGUCCAUUGUUCGUGUUGCAGCUGGAAAAGAUAGUUCUUCGCUAGCCCGACUCUCCAAAUACAGUUCCGAAAAUGUUACGUAGAGAAGGUAGUUGCACCAACUAUAAGAUGCCAACACUCGUCUUCGUUUUCGCCGUUAGUUUCAUGGUGAUCGCCUGUCGUGCAGCACCAAGAGGACAAUGCAAGGCAAAUCGCGACAACACCGUAUCCUAUUCUGGAUUCCAAGUGUGGACGAUCACACCUCAUUCGAAGACUAAACAAACCAUCCUAAUGAAGAUCAUCACGCAUUACAACCUCGAAAUGUGGAAAGAAACUAAUGAAAUUCAUGAGCCGGUAAAUAUUAUGGUACCCCCUCGAUAUCAGAAAGAAAUCAGGCUGAGGUUGGAAGAGGCCAAAAUACCAUACGACGUCGAGAUCAGUGACUUGCAGAAGGCUAUCACCAAUGAGAAUCCUAAGACAAACGCCUCGGCUGCUAAUCCAAAAACUGCUCAUCAAAUGGAUUGGACGAGCUACCAUCGUUUGGACGAUAUCUACGGUUACCUUAGUUACUUGGCCGACACGUAUCCUUGUCGUGUCCAAUUAUUGAAUGUCGGGAGCUCGUAUGAAGGCCGUCCGCUUUACGUUGUUCACAUCACUAAUUCGACUUCACCGAAUACGCCAGCCAUCUGGGUUGAUGGAGGGUUUCAUGCCCGAGAAUGGAUAUCGCCAGCGUUGGCGACUUACAUUAUUCAACAGCUUGUUGAAGAACCAAGUAACGCAAAACUUUUGGACAAUGUCAACUGGUACAUCAUGCCAGUCGUCAAUCCCGAUGGCUACGAGUACACUCAUCUGAAGAACAGACUUUGGCGCAAAACUCGCUCGCCGACAGGAUCAGCAUCAGCCAAAUGUCAGGGAGUUGAUUUAAAUCGUAAUUUUGAUUUUAAGUGGGGUGGCCCAGGAUCCAGCAGUAAUCCUUGCUCACUGGUAUACAAGGGACCCUCGGCCUUCUCGGAACCAGAGACUCUUGCCUAUUCCAAUUUCAUCAGCAGAAAAUCAAACGAAAUUAAACUUUACCUAAGUCUACACAGUUCUGGCCAACUUAUCAUGCUUCCUUGGGGUUAUGAACGUAAUACGUUUCCAUCUGAUUACGAUGAGAUGUUGACACUCGCGAAGAAUGCCGCUUGCAAAUUCAGGAAAUUCACUUAUAAAGUUGGCAAUAAAGUCGACCUCCUCUAUCAAGCUUCAGGCAAUUCGGCAGACUGGGCCAAAUCUAUUGGGAUUAAAUAUGUUUAUUCAGUUGAACUACCUAUCAAUGGAUUUAUUUUACCAGCGUCCAAUAUUUUACCAGUGAGCCAGGAUUUUUUUCGUGCCAUGGAUGUUUUUGCAGCUGAAGUAUCCACGCUCAGCUCUUAUUAAGUACACUUCAUUUCGUUGCCGGUUCAUUUGUUCUAGAUCCUUCUACCACUCCAUCUCCCUCCUACUCGUUUUUUUUUAAAUUUUACAUUAUUUAUAGGAAAUAUUUAGUGUGCGUGAUUUGAGUUAAAUAAAAUUUCCACAAGUCUCAUGAGAAA